AGAGUGUGUAGGAGUAAUAGUAAUGAGUAUCCUGAAGAAAGUUGGGGGCGAAAGAGUCUCUUUUCCUAGCCAGUGAGGAAAAAUGGAGUGGUGCGAGUCAAUGCCAAAGAUAGAACUGCAUGCUCAUCUCAAUGGAUCCAUCAGAGACUCUACACUGCUAGAACUCGCCAGAGCUUUGGGUGACAAGGGUGUCAUAGAUUUCUCCCAAGUGGAACACGUUAUCCUUAAAAAUGAUCGUUCAUUAAGUGAAGUAUUCAAGUUGUUUGACUUAAUCCACAUUGUCACGACUGAUCACUCAAGUAUUACCAGAAUUACCAAAGAAGUUGUUGAAGAUUUUGCAUCUGAGAAUGUUGUGUAUCUGGAGCUGAGAACUACUCCAAAGAAAAAUGAUUCCCUAGGAAUGAGUAAACGCUCUUAUGUAGAAGCUGUAUUGGAAGGUCUAAGAGCUGUAAGUUCAGUCGAUGUGGCUUUCAUUCCUUACAAUGAGGAACCUAGAAACCUUUCAAGUACAUUACUCUCAGGUGUGAAUGAAAACUGUUAUGGAAACCCUAGAAAAAGAAUCUUUGUUAGGCUUCUCUUGAGCAUUGACCGUCGGGAGACAACAGAAGCGGCAAUGGAAACUGUCAUGCUUGCACUGGAAAUGAGGCAGUUUGGGGUGGUUGGAAUUGACCUCUCUGGGAAUCCAGCUGUUGGUGACUGGAUUACAUAUUUGCCAGCAUUGAGAUUUGCUCGAGAACAAGGUCUUUAUGUAACUCUUCACUGUGGAGAAGUAUCAAACUCGAAGGAGAUACAUGAUAUGCUUGACUUUCUUCCGCAGAGGAUUGGACAUGCUUGUUUCUUUGAGGAGGAACACUGGAAAAGGCUGAAGUCCUCAAACAUUCCGGUUGAAAUUUGUUUGACAUCAAACAUAAGGACAUUGUCUGUUCCAACAAUAGAUGCACAUCAUUUUGCUGAUCUAUAUAAAGCAAAACAUCCUUUAGUUCUGUGUACCGAUGACUCGGGUGUAUUUUCUACUAGUCUCUCCAACGAAUACAAAAUUGCUGCUGAUUCAUUUGGCCUUGGAAGGAAGCAAAUGUUUGAGCUAUCAAAGAAUGCUGUCGAGUUUACAUUUGCCGAUAAUGUAGUAAAGGAGGAUUUAAGAAAAACUUUUAAUUCAGGAGCAGAGAAUCUGGAACUGUAAGUACAGUUUCAUAAUGGACUCAUAGUGGUAUGUAUUUAGAUUAGAUGAAAUGACUUUUAAUUUUUACCGGCUAUUACAAUUCUGGACACAACUUAUGGUUGUCCCCUUUAUAUUAGAGGAAUGAGUUAACAUGGUUGGUU